GUGAAGUGGGUUGAGGCCAGUAAAAUGAGUCUCUGCAGUGUUUGCAAGGUGCUGGUGCACACUGUGGUUUGGAAAUAGUUGUCUACAUUCUCCUUAUAUUCUCAGUUGAUACCAGGAGAAGUCCCGGCCUCGGUGUUGUCGCUGUGUCUUACCAAAUUGUGGACCAGUAUGGAGCGAAGAAGAGCCUUAACUAUUCCAUUUAAUGUUGACAAGGAUAACCGGAUGGAAAACCCGUUCAAAAUCUCCAUGCCAUGUGUUUCAUCACAGUGUGGAAAGUUAGAAAGACAGGUUCCCUGGACUGCAUUUGCAGAUUGCAAACGCAGACAUUGUAGUUCACAGCAUAUAAAUGGAUCCAUGCUGUUUGAUCACAACCAUGCAACGUUGGAAAUGGUCAGGAGAAAGCCUCGUCUGAUCCUGACCGAUGUCCUAGAGACAGAACAGGGCAAAGCGUAUAUGGAAAGGAUGAAACCGGGUCGUGCUUUUGGAAACCGAAUGUCAAGUACACGGAGGGAGAGUGGUCGAUCCAGAGAGGAACCCCUGAUCUGCAGAGACAUGAGGUCCAGACAGAGGGAUGCCAGGAAUGAUGAGAACAUGAGUGUAACCCCUCAAUGCAACCAGAAGAUCCCCUCCUCACCCACUCAUAGGUCAAGUCUCAGGAGAAGAUCAUGGAAUGUUGAUGAUGAAGUGGACAUAGAAGAAAACAAAGAUAUUGAAGAGGUGAUCUUAGGAAAGGACAACGGAGACAACUUCAAAUUCGCUGAAGUUGUAGAUUGUGGGUUGUCAGUGAGCUGGGAGCCUGCCCUGGAUACAGAAUGUUGUGAGGAGUUCUCCCCAGCUAGAUUCAAGGACAGGUUGGCUGAUCCAGAAAAACAAGUACAACACAGUCUGAAGAGGAGAAGAAAGGAUGCGGGGGCCCAGUACAAUGGGAUGGGCAGCCCCAAACGCCACCGUGAGAGCGUGCUCCGCCUCACCGGAGAAGACAGAAGAGAUGGUGGACGGGCCCCUACACGUGUUUGUCUGGAAGAAAGUGGAGAAGACGGAGGUUUGGAGAGCCUGGACCGUACCAUUGUUCAGUUCACGGUGGGAGCAGACGAUCCAACAGAAGUUCUGGUCCCAACCACCUGUCCUAAUAUGGAGGCUGUAGACUCUGUUAUUUCCCCCAGAACAAGUCGAUCGUCUAGCCAGGACAACACGUCUAUAAACAGCCCCUCUGAACCCAUUGUGCUGUCAAGUGAUGAUGAGGAGAGUGGCGACCCAGCAUCCAAUACACUGGUCACUGUUGAAGACGCAGUAAUACAAGGACAAUCGCCGCAGGAAGCUGUGGCCAAACAGCUAGAAGCUUCUGAUAUAGGGGACGUGCAGGUGUUGCGUGUUGUUGUUGACCUUCCGAGUUCUGUGGCAGUUUCUUCCAUCCCCAGUAUAGACUACUCCUUCUACAUGCUGCAUUGUGGAGGUCACCAAGGGAAAGCGAAUGGAGACGUCAUGAUAGCAGGCCAACACAUCAUCAUCCCACUGACAGACAUUGAUGAACAGGUGGAGGUGAUAUUAACCUUGGAGCGUAAAGACCUUUGGAGGUACAGUGUGUGGGAACAGCAGGAACUGGAGGAGCGGGAGCUUCGCUUUAAGGAUGACGACGAGCCUUCCCCUGUUGCUGUCCUUCUGUUCUGUGUGUCAGAAAGUGCUGCACUUGCUAUACAGCGAGAACUCAUGAAGCUGUGUGCCAAUCAAGAUGGAAACACAAGCUCUGACAAGGUGAGCCCCUUCAUUCUGCUGACGCUGAGACAUCCUGUGGAGGGAAUGGAGGGGGCUUUAUUGCGCUCCCUGCUCGACAUUGACUGUCUCAACAGUCCGACACAUGAAAAAUACAUCCACAGUGCUGAUAAAGUUGUUUGUUUGGAGGACUUCCACUCUCCCGUUCUUUCUCUGGAUGAUAGCAUCGAGCUGAUCAGAAGAACUGGACUGGACUCUCAUCUGCUGUCUCUGCUCGGCCUGGAGUUCACUGACUCUGAUCUUGACUCAGACCAGGAGGGUCCACAUUCUGAUACUGACAGAAACAGCACACCUCGCAUCCAGCUGGAUGUUGAGUCAGAGAAGGAGACCGAGCUGGAGACAGAGACAGAACAAGACACAGAGACACAACUCAAAACAGAGGAGGAUCAGAAAGAGCAGGAGCUGCAACAUCCGUCUGAUGAAAAAAAGCUGGAGCCCGCUCCUGUAUACACACUGUGCCAUCACAGAACCAAAGGAUCCUACUCCGUGUCCCUGUAUAAACCAGACCCCAGCUUGACUAAAUUUAAACAUCAGGGACUGGCUCGCAGGUUGAUCCAGUUUCCCCCUCCUCCAUUAAAAGGUGGAAUAACCGUCACAUUGGAGGACCUGCGGUGCCUUGACAGCGGGCACUUUCUAAAUGAUGUUAUCAUUGACUUUUACCUCAAAUACGUCCUCCAGAAUGCGUCUGCUGCUGUGGCCGAGCGCUCGCACAUCUUCAGCAGCUUCUUUUACAAGCAGCUGACACGGAGGGACAACGCCAGUGAAGGCGUCACCAAUGACUCCUGUCAGAGGCAAAGGCGACACCAACGGGUGAAGACAUGGACACGCCACGUGGACAUCUUCAAAAAGGACUUCCUGUUUGUCCCUGUCAAUCAGGAGGCUCAUUGGUAUUUAGUCGUCAUCUGCUUUCCCGGAAUGGACGAGCCACAGUCUGAGACCCGGAGUGGUCCGAACGGAGAGUUGCUGGAACAAGAGGUGGCUCAGGGGUCUGAAAGCCCGAAUGAUAACACAGAGACACCUCCUACAUUAAACCACAGUGACAGCUUGGACACAGAUACAGAAAAGCCUCAAGAAGAUUCCACUAAAGACCCAUUGCCUCGUCCAGUGAACUGUACAGAGCAGACCUGCAAGAAGAAAGCUGUUAGCAAGAGGCCGUGUAUUCUUAUCAUGGAUUCCCUUAAACUUUCUCUUCAUGAGCGAGUCUUCAAACUCUUGCGGGACUACUUGCAGUCAGAAUGGGAAGUCCGCCGUGGUUCAUCGAGGGACUUUAAUCCUGAUCAGAUGCAAAGCUCACACUGCAAAGUUCCCCUUCAAGACAACAGCAGCGACUGCGGCCUCUACCUGCUGCAAUACGUCGAGAGUUUUUUGAAGGACCCUGUGGUGCACUUUGAUCUCCCUCUACAUCUACAACAAUGGUUUCCACGGCAGCAGGUGCGGAGGAAACGAGACGAAAUCCGAGAUCUUGUACUUAACCUUCACCGAGAUCAAAACCUUGGUACUAACAGAUGAAGCAGCUCUGCUGUUCAGUCCAUCCCAUUCCUGGAGGCGUUAUAAAUCACUGCUCAUACUGAGCGGCGGACAUUCAGCGUGAACUAAAAGGAUUUCCUUUACAUUAGAUGCUACUAUUGUAUUCAACAUUAACUCAAACAAAACAUUUAAACAUCAAACUAUCUUUGGAUCCUGUGAGUGAACAUGAAGGAAUCAGUUGAUUUAAAGAUACACAAAUGGCUGUUUCACGGUAGAUCACAUCUAGACAUGAAAAUUUUUCCACACCCCAUGGCUUUUUACUCAUUGUUUUUAUGCUGUAAGAUUUUUUUAUAAAAGCAAUUAUUUGUAUUUAUUUUGUAUGUAGAAACAUAGGGAAGAGUGUAUAGGUGUAACAACAGUAAAGUCUAGUUUGUACAGCAAGUUUUAGUUUCUUUGCUGAUGUUUUGGGGCAUUUUAACUCAUGUGUGACUUCAUAUUUAGUCUGUCAGGGGUUUUCUCAUCAAACCUGUUGGUGUUCUGAAUUCUUUGCGUCGUUGCAACUUCACUGGAUGAACACAUUCAUGGUAUAGCAUACAUUUUCCAUAAGUCCCAUCUGAAUUUAAUUUUUUGGAAACCUGAUUAAAAAAAGAAAAACUUUCAGUCACUCAGUGCCUCCCUCAGUUAUCCUGUGAGCCUCCCUGCGCUAGAUAGGAGUCUCUACAGAUAACAACAAAUUAUCAUCAUUCACUCACCUCUGUUUGCAACAAAUUGAGCUGUUGUAUGCCAGCAUUUAUCCGUGACACUCUCUGUAUUGCGAUCCACCUUGAACUCGUAUCAUCAACUCAAUUGGGACACAGCGAUGGUUCCUAAUAGAUCAGCUUUGCCUGCAUGAAUUGGCAGAAUUAGACCAAAUUGGGAUGUAUGACUAUCAAUAGAGGCUACUGUUUACUGUUGAUUAGCAUAAAGAAUAUUCUAUAUGAUAGUUCUGAUAGUCGUGUAAGAAAUUUGAGUUAUUUUAUUGAAAUACAACUUUCAUAAAGUUCAGGGGUGCACAUACAUUAGCAUGUGUAACGGUAUGCUAUCAAACUAGCUACUAAAUUGAGACCUAAGAGACAUUGCGGUCUGUCACUACCUAAAUUCUUCUCAUCAGAGAGUCUUGAUAGUUCUGUAGUUUUUUCCCCCCUUUUUUGUUCAAAUGUUUAUCUCUUUUAACCCUUAAUGUUUUCUCGGCAUUGUGUUGGAUGAAUGUACAGCAGCUGAUUCCAAAAGUGAUUUGGUUUCGAUUUUUUUAUUAAAACUUGU